GCCAAACGUGGUCACGUGGCACGGACACGCCGCCAAAAGCCGAAGAGUAGUCGGGCUCACAAAAAGGGACCACAUCAGUUGGGACUGUUUAUUAAGAGCGAAACUGAUCGCCAAGCACCGCUUUGUUUUAACCAUGUUUUGUUCAUUUAGCGGGGCUGAGAUCUUUAAAAAUCACUUCGAAGCCGGUGUCUAUGUUUGCGUAAAGUGUGGAUAUGAGCUGUUCUCCAGCAAUAUGAAGUAUAAGCACUCCUCUCCCUGGCCUGCCUUCACUAACACUAUCCACAAGGAUAGUGUCUCCAAAGAGGAGGAGCGACCUGGUGCACUGAAGAUUCGCUGUGGGAAGUGCAAUAACGGCCUGGGUCAUGAGUUUCUGAAUGACGGACCCAAGCGUGGACUCUCACGAUUCUGAAUAUUCAGCAGCUCACUCAAGUUUGUCCCAAAAGAGAAGGAUGGACAGUAGAGUGAGCUGAUGGAUGGAGAAGUGAGGACAUAAAAAUGUUCAGAGGGACUGUUCUGUGGAAGGUGUGGACAUUUCAUGAAGUGUUGUGGUACAAAGCCCUCAGUGGAAGUCAGAACACUGAUGUUGAUUAGCCACACUGGUACACAAAUGACAAGUCUGUUCUGAGUUAUCAAUGAACACCAAAAAUGAAUCUAAAUUUAAUUAUUCUAUGAUCUUUUGUAACCGAUUAGAUGUUUUGCUAAUGUAGGCAAAAAAAAGAUUGCAAAUACAUCCUUGCCUUAUAUCUUACCAAAAAGCUGAAAAUUGUUUUCUAUUCUGAAAAUGAUGGAUUGUGUUUAUGCUAUUGUUUGACUGUAUUGC